CCAAUCGCCCCGUACCGUGUGCCCGCUGUACCGGUGCGAAGUGCUCGAGCUGAAGUGGCUGCAUUAAGCUCUCCGAUACUGCAAGUUUCUCUCUUCUCGACCCCCGGCGAAGCCGAUAAGGGGUAGUAUGACGGACAGAUUUGUCGUUAUCCCUGUUGGGAAGGACGACGAGGCUCCCGGCGGGGGCAGCGAUGACCCCGUUGCUGAAAGUGGAGGGUCUGAGGGUGACAACACCGACCCGCAGGACGCUGUUCCUAUUCUGGAAUAUAGCAGAGAGCCAAAUAAAUACGUGUCGUGGGAGCAGACCCCAGGAUCAGAGGCGGGAGCAGACGCCGAGCCGGCCCAAGACUGUGCAGAGCCAGGCGCCAUGGAUCAUGGGCAGGGCUCACGCCGAAGGGGAGAUGGCAUUCCAAAAGAAAGCAGUCCAUUCAUCAACAACACAGACAAUGACACAGGAACCCUCUACGAUAGGAAGAACAUGGCUCUCUUUGAGGAGGAAAUGGACAGUAAUCCCAUGGUCUCAUCACUGCUCAGCAAUCUGGCCAACUACACCAACCUCACCCAGGGGGUCAUCGAACACGAGGAGGAAGACGACGACGAGGGCCAGAGGAAGCAGACUGUCAAGAGCCCCCAGAUGGGCACCUUUAUGGGUGUGUACCUGCCCUGCCUGCAGAACAUCCUGGGCGUCAUCCUGUUCCUCCGGCUCACCUGGAUCGUGGGCACGGCGGGCAUCAUGGAAUCCUUAGCCAUCGUCUCCAUGUGCUGCACAUGUACACUCCUGACAGCCAUAUCAAUGAGUGCCAUCGCAACGAACGGCGUGGUUCCCGCCGGUGGUUCUUAUUACAUGAUCUCAAGGUCGCUGGGCCCUGAGUUCGGUGGAGCCGUGGGGUUCUGCUUCUACCUGGGCACCACCUUCGCUGGCUCGAUGUAUAUCCUCGGCACCAUUGAAAUUCUCCUGACCUACAUCGUGCCCAGUGCAGCCAUCUUCAAAGCAGAGGAGAAGGAACAGGAAGCUGAAGCCUUGCUCAACAACAUGCGUGUCUAUGGCACCUGCUGCCUUGCCCUCAUGGCCCUCGUGGUCUUUGUGGGGGUCAAGUACGUCAACAAGCUGGCCCUGGUCUUCCUGGCCUGUGUGGUGCUCUCCAUUCUGGCCAUCUAUGCCGGCGUCAUCAAGACCACCUUCGAUCCCCCUAACUUCCCGGUCUGCUUGCUGGGAAACCGCACUCUGAAAAACCACAACUUCGACAAAUGCCUUAAGACAGAGGAAGUAGGCAACGGGACGGUAACUACCAAGCUUUGGCAGCUCUUCUGUAACAGCUCAGAGCUCACCGCUGCCUGCGACAAAUACUUUGAACUCAACAAUGUGACCGCGAUCCAGGGCAUUCCCGGACUGAUGAGUGGGGUCAUCUCAGAGAACAUGUGGGGUAGCUAUGGGCCCGUGGACACGCUGGUGGAGAAGAAGCACUACCCGUCCAUUCCUGCUGCAGACUCCUCCAUGGACAUCAACCUGCCAUACGUGUCCAAUGACAUCGCCACAUUCUUCACUCUCCUGGUGGGCAUCUACUUUCCUUCUGUCACAGGCAUCAUGGCCGGUUCAAACCGAUCCGGAGACCUGCGGGACGCCCAGAGGUCCAUUCCCAUAGGAACGAUCCUAGCUAUAGUGACCACGUCUUUGAUCUAUAUCUCCUGCGUUGUGUUGUUCGGCACCUGCAUCGAAGGUGUGCUUCUGAGAGACAAGUAUGGAGACUCCGUGAAGGGGAACCUGGUGAUCGGCACUUUGUCCUGGCCCUCGCCCUGGGUCAUUGUCAUUGGCUCCUUCUUCUCCUGCUGCGGGGCCGGGCUCCAAAGCCUCACAGGGGCCCCGCGGCUCCUGCAGGCCAUUGCCCGCGAUGGCAUCGUUCCCUUCCUGGAGGUUUUCGGUCACGGCAAAGCCAACGGGGAACCGACGUGGGCUCUGCUGCUGACCGCGGCCAUCUGCGAGAGCGGCAUCCUCAUCGCCUCGCUGGACGCCGUCGCCCCCAUCCUCUCCAUGUUCUUCUUAAUGUGCUACCUGUUUGUCAACUUGGCCUGUGCGGUUCAGACCCUGCUUCGUACCCCUAACUGGAGGCCCCGCUUCAAGUUCUACCACUGGGCCCUGUCCUUCCUGGGGAUGAGCCUGUGCCUUUCCCUGAUGUUCAUCUCCUCUUGGUUCUACGCCCUGGUGGCCAUGGUGAUUGCCGGGUGCAUCUACAAGUACAUCGAGUACAGGGGAGCUGAGAAGGAGUGGGGUGACGGGAUCCGGGGCCUUUCCCUCAACGCUGCCCGCUACGCCCUGAUGCGUCUGGAGGAAGCACCACCGCACACCAAGAACUGGAGGCCCCAGCUGUUGGUGCUGCUAAACCUGGACUCAGAGCUGGCGGUCAAGCACCCGCGCCUGCUCUCCCUCACCACCCAGCUAAAGGCUGGAAAGGGCCUCACCAUCGUGGGCUCCGUCCUGGAGGGCACAUACCUCACUAAGGGGCUGGAGGCCAAACGGGCCGAGCAGAACAUCAAGUCUACCAUGUCCACAGAGAGGACCAAGGGCUUCUGCCAUGUGGUGGUGUCGUCCAAUAUGCGCGACGGCUUCUCCCACCUAAUCCAGUCGGCCGGCCUCGGUGGCAUGAAGCACAACUCGGUGCUGAUGUCUUGGCCCGGGAGCUGGAAGCAGGGCGUGGACCAUGCCUGCCUGACCAACUUUGUCGAGACAGUGCGGGAGACCACAGCCGCGCACCAGGCUCUCCUGGUAGCCAAGAACGUGGACAACUUCCCCGCCAACCAGGACCGGCUAAAUGAGGGGACAGUGGACGUGUGGUGGAUCGUGCACGACGGCGGCAUGCUUAUGCUGCUGCCCUUCCUGCUACGGCAGCACAAGGUCUGGAGGAAGUGCAAGAUGCGCAUCUUCACCGUGGCUCAGAUGAACGACAACAGCAUCCAGAUGAAGAAGGAUCUGCAGAUGUUCCUGUACCACCUCCGGCUGGAUGCUGAGGUGGAGGUUGUGGAGAUGCACGAUAGUGACAUCUCAGCCUUCACCUACGAGAAGACUCUGGUGAUGGAGCAGCGUUCCCAGAUGCUAAAGCAGAUACAUUUGUCUCGGACUGAGCAGGAGAGGGAGAUUCAAAGCAUCACCGAUGAGUCACGCAGCUCCAUCCGGAGGAAGAGCCAAGGCAGAGAGCGGGCCUCGGGCCGCGGCCAGCGGAACAGCGUUCGGGAGGACGAGGCUCAACUGAUCCACGACAGGAACACGGCGUCCCACGGCUCGUCCCACGGCUCGUCCCACGACUCGUCCUACGACUCGCCCAACGCCAAGAGCGAUGCCACCCCCGACCGGGUGCACAUGACCUGGACCAAGGAGAAGAUGUUCAGCGAGAGGAACCGAAACCGCGAGGUCAACGUGGGCGUGAGGGACCUCUUCAACAUGAAGCCAGAGUGGGAGAGUCUGAAUCAGUCCAACGUUCGCCGGAUGCACACUGCAGUCAAGCUGAACGAGGUGGUGUUGAACAAGUCCCAAGAGGCCCAUUUGGUCCUGCUCAACAUGCCGGGGCCUCCCAAGCACAGAGGUGGUAACGAGAACUACAUGGAGUUCCUGGAGGUACUGGUGGAGGGGUUGAAUCGCGUGCUCCUCGUGCGCGGCGGAGGCCGUGAGGUCAUCACCAUUUACUCAUAACCGUGCUGCACAGUUCGGUACACCAGAGCUGCAGGGCAUUAUGGGAGGCCUAUAUCAAAGGGAAAGGGGUGGGGCCGGGUCUUCAGCAUCACUGAUGCGUUUCAGAACUGCAGGCUUAUGACCACCUGGGGGUCCCAGCUGAGGACAGAGAGCAGCCUUUUUCACCAGCUGGGUAGCACACUUUCUUCCCCAGCAUAGAAAUUAAUAUUUAUGGUUCCUUUGUAUUCACUUCAUUUUGUGUUUGUGUUCCUUUUUGAACACUCAGAAAAGAUGUUUGUCAUUAGGUUUAUAAAUUCAGCUGAGGACAACAGUGCAAAUAAGAAGGUAGUCAAGUGUUAUUUUUCUUUUUUUAAGUCAAUGGAAAAUUGGUCAUAAGACUAAACAGAACAUUGACCUCUGACCUGGGAUGACCUCUGACUGUCCUCUGUAAGAAGUUUCAUGUGUCACUUGUUCCUCUUUUGUCCAGUAGAGGACUUGUGCUUGUAGGGUUUAGUUGUGCUCGUGCUUGUGUUUCUAUUUAAUGGUAUUUACCAGUACGUCUGAAGGCAAUUUUAGAAUGGCACGGUCCAGGCAUGGCUGUCAUGUGCUUUAAAGGUGCCCCACUUUCAGUUCAGUAAUGUUUUUAUUUUUUUAAAACAACAACAUGAGGUACAAACACAUCGUUUAUUAGUCAUUCUGGUUUGAUACCCCAAAUCACAAUAUCAUCUCUAUAUCUGAUGAUUAGCAAGGAUAUAUCAAAGCUAGGCACCAGGAUCACAUCCACAACAUCAACACACGCUAGUCUUAGCGUUGAGGGGCUCAGGUGCCUUCAGCCUGAUGGGGGGGUUGAGCCUGGUGGAGUUGUGCAUGCAGUGCACACCAUACCCACCGGCCUCUCCUGUAAGAUGUGUGCAGAUAUGGGUAAAGCCAUCUCACCGACAGUUUUAAUGACAGUAAUUGUCUGGUAAAAGCACCAGUCAUCAGGAAAAAAGCCAUAGUUCAUAUGGUAAUGCUGGACCUCAGACAUCGUGUGUUGUCAAGACUCAUGGAUUAGGCCAUUGGCGGAAGAAAAACAUUAUGGGGUUGAACUUUUCAAAUCGUUACCUCAGUCUCCAGUGAAGUAUCAUUUCAACCUCAGGCGACGGCCAAAGAGGCCAAAUUUGAAGCCUGCCGUCCCUGUGGGGACAGAAAAAAAAUGUAAUCUAUGCACCGUUAUACGUUAUGCGGUUGUGUCAUUUUUAUGUUUUAAUCUGCAUGUGUACAGCGGGCAUGAUCCUGGAGCUUAAAGGUGUUUGUGUUGUGGCGAAGGAUUCGUUUUAGAGGCAAAGUCAUGGGUGUCGGUUUUGACACCCACGCGUAUUUGUUGGCCACCAGCAGAGAGAGACCGUCUCUGUUUCAGUCGAAGGGAUUUUAUCACAGCACUUUGGGUCUCAUAAAACGCUUAAAGGCACUGGCUAUUUUCGCGUCAAGCCCUGUGUCUUUGCAAGCUUGCGUAUAUCUUGCUUCACGGGAAGGCAGAAACCCCUUGCAAGUUAAACUUCACUACAUCAUGAAAUACUACGUAGGCCACCCGUUUUGUUUAAGCUAAUGUGUCAGGUCACAGGGAGCUUAACUAAUCAUACAGCUCUUGUAAAAUAAGAAUGAAGUAGGUUCUCCUCUGCUCAUUAUGGGGGACGACACCAAGUUGUGGUUGACUUCAAUCCUGGGAGACAAAGAUUAAUUUGUCAAAUAUGGUGGAAACAAUUAGCUUAUUCAAAUGCUUAGCAUCUCAGUUGGAGUUGAGAUUUAUGGCCUCCCACAGGAAAAAGGACUGCAGGAAUGGUGAAACACAACGGCUGCAGUCCACCUCAAAAUUACCCACAAUGCCUCUGCACACCUGAGAAGCCAAGUUUCUCUGUAAAGGUAUUCCAGGGUGGAUUAGAGACACACGCAGAGCGCAUAUAAACUAGCUGGUGAAAACCAAAGAUUUAGACCAAUUGGCUGUCCUGGUGCAGUGGAGAUGUCUUUUCAACCAGCAAACACUAACUGUGAAGCAGUGCAUGUCUGUGUUACUAAUUUGUCAGCAGAGGGCUGAAUUUGACCCUUGUCUAGUCUCACCACAGGACUCCACAUCAAUGAGAAAACUCUUCAUUUGUGGGUUUUUACAGCUGUAAAGAGGCAGUUUGUCUUGCCAAAACUGGCCCCUGAUCUUUGGAUUACAUGUGAAAUGUAACAUUUUAGGUCUUUAGGCGUCUUAAUUGUGUACAGAAAAAAGUGCCAAAAACAUUUAGAAGGAACUGUGGAAGGACACGCCUUGUAUGAAGGACACGCCUUGUAUGGACUCACCUGGAACAUUAAAAAACUAAAAGAUCCAACCUGACAAGCUGCUUACUUUCUGCUGUGUAAAGAUUGGGUGAUGUGAUGGCAAGGUGCAUUCUGAGAAAUAUAGAGGUUCAGUUAAGAGGUUUGGUCUUCCUUCUUUACUGAACUUCCCAGUGGGAAUGUGCCACCAUAUCACGAGUUCUGGAGUUUUCUUAAUGGAUAAUGAAGGGACUGUGUUUCUUGGCCUCCUGUGAACUGUAGCCCUUUUUCUCAUUCAUGAAUUAGCUGAAGCCCCCCCCCCUUUAACAAAAAAACCAAGUCAAUACAUGUUUUCAGCAGAAGCCUUUGGUCAUGAGGUCAUCACCAUUUACUCAUAACUGCAGCAUGGUUUGGGACCCCAAAGCCGCAGUGCAUUUUGGGUAACCUGUAACGAGGGGGAAGGGCUGGGUCCACCAGGGGUGCCAGAGAGCAGCCUUUUCUACCAGCUGAUUUACAAGCACACUGUAUCUUCCUGCACAAAAAUCCAAAUUUAUGGUUCCUUUGUAUCCACUUCGUUUUGUUUUUGUGUUCCUUUUUGAACACUCAAAAAGAUGUUUAGGUUUAUAAAUUCAGCUGAGGACAACACUGCAAAUAAGAAUGUAGGCUUGUGUUGCUGUUCUUUUUUGCCUGUUUAUUACAAGACAUUACACGUGUGUGGAAGAAUGCUCUGGUCAUACCCCUAGACAAGCGGACCGCUUUUGACAUAGGCUGCAGAUAGUACCCCGCAGUAGUCAUUAGUUACCACCAGGUGGCACCAGUAUAACACUCAUGAGCCAGGCAUCUUGAGGGCUCCUUGACAAUGAAUGUCAGGUUUUUUCGUUGCUCUAAAGCACAUUUUAUUUGUGUGCUGUCUGACUAAGGGAAUUUCUCCCUGUGUAGUUCCACACCUUUGAGCAUUUCUUAGUUUUACGAUAUAUAUUUUUUUGUAACCAUAACAUUGUACUUUUUUUAAAGUAUGUUGUGAACAAAGUGUGGCUGUUUUUAGGGCAGGCCUGAUGUCCACCUAGAUGUUUUCUGACUACAUUUAUUUCAAAAUAUGCGCUUGUGUCAUUUGUGGUUAUUGUGUGUGCAACUAUUUGCACGUGACUUCCUGUUACUUGCCAUGUUUUUUUUUGGGGGGGGGGGGGGCGCAGUGGGGUAACGUUUGAGAGCUCUGGGUAUCGUUGUAUUUACACAUGCUGUCCCCACCUGGAGCACUGUGCGAGCAGGACUUGCUGGUUCAUCUCACCCAAGGAGAAGACACAGAACAACCAGGACAAAGGGAACAAGUUACAUGUGUCUUUUGAAGGAAAUUGAUCGAUAUGUUUUUUUUUUUUUUUUUUACAUGUUCAAUGUGUUAUCCACCAAAGAUAACUUAUUUGUGGGCCUGUCACAUAUAACAAAUAAAAGGGCACUUAAACUAAUCAGCUCCUCCUUCUCCAGGAUGCUUUUCAAAUGUUCUGGUGGUAAAAAUCAGCACUUAAUAUAUAAGAGAAUGGUGUGAUCUACCUCAUAAAGGGAAUAAGGGGGGGUUACCAUGCUCACAGCCCGUACCGGCUGCGACGGUGGUUUGGGGGGGGGUUACACAGCAUGUUAACAUGCGAUACCCCCCCACCCCCCUGCUUUCCAGUGAGUGCAUGGCUUUUGCUGUCCAUUCGUUAUCCAAACCGGCUUCUGCUCGUUGAGCUGAGGGGAGGGUGCCGGCGGCUGGGGAGGCAGUACGUUAAGAUGCACACUUUCGGCGGGAAUGGCCCUUUUAAAUGGAAUUUGUGCCUCUGAGUCAUGAAUAAAGUGCUGAAUGAUACCGGA